AUGCUGAAUAAAAAAAUAAAAGCAAAAACCGCAGCUGCAAGCAAGCGUAAAGCACCUGCUGCUAAAAGUGCUCCAGCAUCUAAACGGGCGAAAAAACAAGUUGAAGAAGAAGAACCAGAAGAAGAACUAGAAGAAGAAGAAGAGGAAACUAAAGUUGAGGAAGAAGCUUCAUCCAAAUCCGACAUUAUCAAACAACUGCGUGAAGCUGAUGCACGUAAAACCAAAGCAAAGGUACACAAUCCCGAUAAAAGCAUCCCCGGUGCUGCUUCUUAUCAAGUUAUUGCUGAUUACGAUGCAAUGCUUAAUCAAACAAACAUCGGUGCAAAUAAUAAUAAAUUUUAUGUAAUACAAGCUUUAACGCUAGGUGGAAAAUUUUAUACAUGGACUCGUUGGGGUCGCGUGGGUGAAACUGGCCAAAGUCAAAUGUUUGGCCCAUUCGGUAGUCAAGACGCAGCUGUCAAGCAGUUCAAGAGUAAAUUUAAAGAUAAAACGAAGAAUGAUUGGGAUUCGCGAGAUCAAUUUAAAAAGAUUGCAGGAAAAUACGAUUUAAUUGAUGUUGCCGGUGAUGGUGAUGAUGAAGAAGAACAGCAAACAACAGCAACGAAACGAACAACAGUUGAAGAUAAAGAUGGAGUUGUCUAUGCCGCCAGUAAACUUGAUACAGCAACUCAAUCAUUAAUUCGAUUAAUAUUCGAUACGGAUAUGUUUAAAGAUGCUUUGAAAACCUACGAUAUCGAUGUGAAGAAAAUGCCGUUAGGAAAAUUGAGUAAAAGUCAAAUAGCCAAAGGAUUUGAAGUGUUAGAAGAACUCGAAGCUGUGAUGGAAAACAAGAAGAAAGGAUCGUAUGAUGAACUGUCAUCGAGAUUCUAUACAGCAAUUCCUCAUGAUUUCGGACGGGCUAAACCACGACCAAUCAAUACGCGUGAAGCUUUACAACAGAAAUAUGAUAUGCUUGCGGUUUUGGCUGAUAUUGAAUUGGCGCAAAGUAUUCAGAAGAAUAAAGAAAAUGAAGAAGAAGCGAAGAAAAAAGUUGAACAAGCCAAACCACAUCCAUAUGAUGUUAAUUACGGUUUAUUGAAAUGUUCACUUGAACAUGUAGACACAUCCAGCGAAGAAUUUAAGACCAUCAAAAAAUACACAGAAAAUACUCAAGGUUAUCGUAAAUGUACCAUCAUCGAUGCAUGGCGUGUGGGUCGCGAGGGCGAGGGCGAACGAUUCGCGGCACAUGACAAGAUCGGCAAUCGUAAAUUACUUUGGCACGGCACAAACGUCGCUGUUGUCGUUGCUAUUCUCAAAUCUGGUCUGCGAAUCAUGCCCCAUUCCGGUGGUCGCGUUGGAAAAGGUAUCUAUUUCGCAUCGGAGAAUGGCAAAAGUAGUGGUUAUGUGGGAACAACACACGAUCAAGGCAAAAAUAUUGGUAUUAUGUUCUUGAAUGAAGUGGCAUUAGGUCGAGAACAUUCGAUUACAGCAGAUGAUUCUUCAUUGAAAAAGCCACCAGCGAACUUCGAUUCUGUUGUUGCUCGUGGCCAAACAGAACCAGAUCCUAAGGACGAUACAUCAAUCACAAUCGAAGGUAAAAAAGUCGUCGUUCCAGCUGGCAAGCCAAUCCGAACUGAACACUCCUCAUCGAGCUUUUCUCAAUCGGAAUAUUUGAUUUAUCAAGAAAACCAAUGUCGUAUCCGUUAUUUACUCAAAAUGCAAGAUCGGAUGAUGAAACAAACAACGAAACUUGAUUACAGCAAGAUGAGCGAAGGUGAAUUGAGACUUUUACUCAAUAAGCACCAACAGAUGUUAAGUAACACACGGUUAAUUAAUACCUUGCCAGAUAAAGGCGAACGUUUCCGAAAUGCUAUCAAUGAAAUUGAAAGUUUUCUCACUCAACCAUCGUCGCCUAUGGACUGUGAUAUGUUAAUAAAUCAACUUCGUGAUAUGACCAUGCCAUCGGAAGAAACUGAAUUCUCUCAAGAAUCAGUUCAUGUUGGAAAAUCUGUACAAAACGAGUCUGCAAAGAAAUCCAAUGAUGAUUUUUCAGACGAACAUUUGAAUGCAGUCAAACAACGAAUAAAAGCUCGAAAAGCCGAACGAGACAGCAAAAAUACAGUCACGACCGUCAAAUUAAUAUCUUUCGACGACGCUGUUCGAUUGCACAACGAACAGCAGAAACUAGAAGAAGAACACUUAAUUCAACAGACAACAGCUAGAUUGCUUGGAAAUAUGUCACUGACUACAACAACAUUUGGUCUUCCACCAAGCACGACAUCGAACAACGAUCUGAUGUAUCGUCAAACAGCGAGAGGAAGCGAUGAUGAGGAUGGUCAGAAAAAUGACGAAUUAGGUCGUGAUCGCGCUGAAAUCGAUUCUGAUCAUGAAAGUGAUGAACUUGAUUAUCCUGAAGAAGAAGGUGAAAAUGAUGAUAAUUAA